AUGAUCUGUGGAUCAUCUAUCGGCAAAUCCUCCGCCGUGAACGUGUCCGAGAAUGAAGAGCAGCAGAGCAGCUCAAGCAUUGACGACAUCAGCAAAAGAGCUCAGGAAGUGGUGGACAAGAUCAACGAGAGCCGCACCAGCGACCAGAAGGUGAUGGACAGCUUUCAGGAGAAGCUCGGGGAGAAGGUGAUGGAGCUGUGCCAGCACAUGAAGGAGAGCAUGUUCCGGGUGUACGAGGAGAACAACGAGGAGAUGCAGCUGAAGCUGCAGGAGCUGUCACAGGUGCUGGACAGCUGCUCCAAGCUCAACCAGGAGCUGCUGGAGGCCACUCAGGCGCUGAGCGGCCUCAGGGAGGCUCUGUCCAUCAACGAAGUGUGA